CACUGUAGUGGCCACUAUGUAUGAAAGGUCAAAAUCGAUCUGGACACUGAGGGGUUAAAACUAGCAACCAAUCGCCACGUAAAGUUAGGUAGUUUCGUAAAGACGACCGGAAACAUUGCUUCAAAGCAAAAGCUUUUCACAAGUCUUCUACAGCCCAUAUUGUCUCUUUAGUGCUUUAUUUUCCUACAACCGUUGCUGCUAAUUCGGUUUCGAUACUUUGUUUUGAAACAACGUGUUUUAGAAGCUCCAAUCGAUUCUCUGACACGGGAGCGUGUGCUGCGGCUUUUAUUUUGAAGUGUAGCGCCGAAUUUCCUGUCAGCGUUGAGCUGCUGCAGUGUGAGCACUCAGCCGCAACAUCAGCCCAGUGCUGCCGCUGCGGUGAGAUCCUGCUCCGGGGAGCUAGCAGCGCUGACGGCGCACUCUGGAUCCACCUGCCGCUGGAUGAAGCUGCUUCCUUGGGCUCCUCGAUCUGAAGGCCCGCUGGUAGAUGAAUGGAUAGCUAACCCGGUGGAGGGUGGUGACCUGCCCUUCGCUGCCUCUCUGCGGUCUUAUCGCGGGCAGACGUGGACUGGGUGAGGAACGGAAUGGUGAAUUAAAAUUAUUUUUGACUGAUCUAGUUUUCCACUCGUCUAUGGGCUGAUUUUACUUUUUUGUUUGUUUGUUUGUUUGUUUGUUAUUGGUGGUGGAAGCUGAACUACAUGUCUGAUCGGAGCGGGAGGAGAAUGCAGCGCGGCGGGUGUGUGACUGCAGGUGGAUGGCCAACCUGACCGUCUCAGCCGCCGUCCCUCCCUCCAGAUCGGCUGGCAGCAGCCGCCGCCUCGGCGCUGGCUUCACACGGAUCAGUGAAAAGGACGAAAAUAACACAGACUUGAAUCGGAGUAAAAUAAACAGUUAAAGUCGGAGCCAUGCUUCCAGGGGUCGGGGUGUUCGGCACCAGCCUGACCGCCCGGGUGAUCAUCCCGCUGCUGAAGAACGAAGGCUUCGCCGUGAAGGCGCUGUGGGGCCGGACGCAGGAGGAGGCGGAGGAGCUGGCCAAGGAGAUGAACGUGCCCUUCUACACCAACCGGAUCGACGACGUGCUGCUGCAUCAGGACGUGGAUCUGGUGUGCAUCAACCUGCCGCCGCCUCUGACGCGGCAGAUCGCUGUCAAAACGCUGGGUAUUGGCAAGAACGUCAUAUGUGAUAGGACUGCCACUCCUCUGGAUGCCUUCCGAAUGAUGUCAGCUGCUCAGUACUACCCAAAGCUGCUCAGCAUUAUGGGAAAUGUGUUGCGUUUCUUGCCGGCCUUCGUUCGAGUGAAGGAACUUCUGGAGGAAGGGUACAUCGGAGAACUGCUGGUCUGUGAGGCCCAGGUCCACAGUGGCAGUCUCUUGGGGAAGAAAUACAACUGGAGCUGUGACGACCUGAUGGGAGGCGGUGGACUGCAUUCGGUGGGCAGCUACAUCAUUGACCUCCUCACAUUUCUAACAGGUCAGCGUGCAGUCAAGGUGCACGGCUUCCUAAAGACUUUCGUCAAACAGACGGACCACAUCCGGGGCAUCCGUCAGAUAACCAGUGACGACUUCUGCACGUUCCAGAUGGUGUUAGAAGGAGGCGCUUGCUGCACUGUCACCCUCAACUUCAACGUCCCUGGAGAGUUUCGUCAGGAAGUGAUUGUUGUGGGAACCGUCGGGAGAUUAAUGGUCACGGGCACAGACCUGUAUGGACAGAAGAACAGUGGCGGCGGGGCUAGCGGUGGCGGUCCUGAACUCCUGCUCAAAGACACCACUCCUCUUGAGAAGGCCUCCCUGCCAGAAAAGGCCUUUAGUGACAUUCCAUCCCCGUACCUCACCGGGACAAUCCGCAUGAUCCAGGCUGUGCGGCAGGCCUUCCAAGACCAGGAUGACCGGCGGACCUGGGAUGGAAGGCCCUUGACGAUGGCUGCCACUUUUGAGGAUUGCCUAUAUGCUCUUUGUGUGGUGGAUACAAUCAAGAAGUCCAACCAGUGCGGAGAAUGGCAGAACAUUGUGGUCAUGAAGGAGGAGCCGGAGGUCAGCCCCGCCUAUUUGAUCAGUGAGGCCAUGAGACGCAGUAGGAUGUCACUCUACUGUUAACAUCUGGCUGAUGUCCAGCUGUAGAGGACUGUGGCCUUGGUCAAGUUCAAAGUUCUUUCAUAGAACUGCUGGAUUUAAUUUAUCUCAUCUUUAGUUUUAUUUAAAUGUGCGCUGUUACUGUUACAGAGUUUAUGCCAAUGUGAUGCAGAUAUCUGUGGUUUUGCUGCCUCAGCAACAGGGGGGAAAGCUAGGUUCUCAACAAUCAAAUCUGUAUUUAUAAGAAGCUUCAUCUGUUUUUUCGUUUACAUUUGAUAAGGGACUCGAGUCCUUCUGCUAGAUGUACUUGUAAACCAGACUAAUUCACAAAAGAAUGACAUUGGAAGCGUAUCGGGAAAUGAAACUACUUGCUGGUUAGCUGGUUAGUCAGUAAUGACAGCCUGUCAGAAACCUGCUUCUGAUCAUUCUGUUCAAUAAGCUCACACUUCUGAGUCCUGAUGCUUAUUACCAUCCUGCUGGCUGCUUUAUCAAACAAGUAUUGUGCAUCCUUUCCCUGCAUUCUUUCAAUGACUUCAUGACUAGGAGUGGAAACACAAUACCUUACACUGUGGGUCCGAACAAGGACAGCCAAGGAAGGAUGAAAUUGUUGCUGUACUCUGAAGUCCUUGCUAGUUUUACCAAGUCAACGUUUGAAAAGUCAGUCCGCUCGACAGUCUCUAUCUGUUUACUGUGUAUUCUGCCGUUUGUGUGUGAAACAACAGAAAAAAAUAAUACAUUGGCUGGUGGGUAACUCGGAGGCUUUAACAUUCUGGUUAAUGUAUGCAAUAUAAAACGGCUGCAGCCUUAAAUAAAGGGUUAGACCACACCUUACACAUUUUAUGCCUUUAUGCAGUUGGCUGUGCAUUAGCCUUUUAGUUCUGUACGGGUGAUGAGUAGUGAUACUUGGAUGUUUCCUUAAUUUACUGCUUUUACUUUCUGUUCAUGGGUGUAGUACGUUGCUAGUGCUAAGCUGACCUUAACUGUUGCUGCAAGCAAAUAUAAUCCUGUUCAACAUGCCUAAAAGUACAGUAAAAAUUAACCAUCAACCACUGACUACAUAAACAAAUACAUGAGGCUCUAGUUGGUACGGUUUGGUAUAAUCUGUGCUUUAAAUGUCAUUAGGUCCCAUGUAACCAUAAUGGCUAACAGUGUUAAUUUUUGUAACAUUUUCAGACUGUCCCACUCUGAACAAUAUUGCUAAUGAUUAUUAGAAGGGGAUAACGUUCCUGAGAUGUCAAAGAUGCUUAAUCUGUGUUUUACCUUGAACAAAGUUAGUCAUUUUUAUUACCUUACUGCUCUUGCUCUUUUGCUGUAUUUCAUUUGUACUUGGAAGUCAGAACUUCUGAGUUCCAAGUUCAAGAAAUCAACUAGGGUGCUCCCUAAGUCAGAACUUUGACUGAAAAUGUUGUAGAUUUCUAAGUCAACCCUAAGCUUAAAAUCCAAAAUGGCUGCCAGUUGUAUACAGCACAGCGAUAGCUGUGGAAAUAAACUGCUAAUUUGCACUGCUGAUACUUUGUAUCUUAAUAAAUCAGUCAUGGACUCAGUUCUGCUCAAUCUUAAAGAAAGAAAGUGUUGCUAUUGUCUUUAAAUUAAUAAAAUACCGAGAAAUAUAUUUUUUGCUAAUAUUGCUAACAGCAGUUAACAGUAUUCACCAAAAUCUCAAAAGAUUUUCAGAACUGCAACAAACACAUUUAAAAUUAAAGUGAGUACUCCCAAGUCAUAGUUUUCACUCUAAGCAAAUUGAACAUAUUAAUAUUGCUUCAAGCAGAUGGCAGCCAUUUUGAUGAACAAACCACUGGCAAAGCAUAAUAGUAAAAGCAUAGCUGGCUAAUAGUGGAGUAUGUUAUAGCUAAAAUAAUCACUAGUGUUAAAAAUAUGGUUAAAAUCAAAGUGGAACUUAAAAUUAUAACACAAACACAUUAGUUUCUAAAUGAACGUCAAUGAUUGAUGUUUAUGGUUUGGCUAACACAUUAGCUUUAAAUCUGGUUGUAAUUAGCACAGUGCUAGCCAAAGAAAUUAGCACAAGGACAAGGAUUGAAACCACAGGAGGCCUGUGCAUGUCCUCUGGAAAAUGUUUUUUAAAAACUCUGUGGGGGUCAGGUUAUAUUUAUAAUUGUUAGCUACUCCUUGGCCAUGUUCCUGAAAAAGCUAGCAAAAUAGGCUGAAGUUCAACUUAGUUUGAAAAAGCCAAAAAGAUGUUUUUGUUUUGUUUGUUUGUUUAUGCAUUGUUAUUCUCAUGUUCCAUCUGCAGUUUCAAGUUCAAAAAAUGUGCUGGAGUACUAUCUGUGUAGCAACUACUGAAAAUGUACAUAUGAAAAAUAUUGCAAAACAAGUGUAUGUCUGAACAGUUAAACAAGUACUGUAUGUGUUUUAUGUGUAAAAACCAAGGAACUGGAAUGUGUUUUGAUGCGUUUUAAGGUAUUUAUUGUGUGGUUUUGAUGUUUUACAUUUUCGUGGACUGACCUGCAGUUUAUUUGUGAGAUUAACAGACUGAGGCCUUUGGAGCAUUCAGCUUCUUUGUCCCCUCCCUUUACAGAACCAAAAUAAAACGGUUAAACUCAC